AUGACAUCUAUCCUGGUUUUAGGGGCCGGCGAGCUUGGCUCGCCAAUGCUCACGUUUCUUGCUGCCAAGAUCAGACCUUCUACCGCGACGCUGACCGUCCUUCUCCGACCGCAAACGAUUUCCAAUCCGAGUAGAGCCGCUGAGCUAGAUGCUUUCCGCGCGCUCGAUAUCUCAUUUCUUCCAGGCGAUAUUGCCGCAUCAUCUAUCUCAAAACUUGUCGCACUCUUCAAGCCGUACGACCUGAUUGUAUCUUGCUUGGGCUUUGCAUCUGGCCCGGGUUCACAGGCUAAAAUAUGCACCGCCGUGCUUGAGGCAGGCGUGUCCCGCUUCGUGCCCUGGCAAUUCGGCGUCGAUUACGAUAUUAUCGGUCGUGGUAGUGCUCAAACGCUCUUCGAUGAGCAGCUUGAUGUCCGGGAUCUCCUUCGCGCUCAAGAUAAAACCGAGUGGGUGAUUAUCAGCACCGGGAUGUUCACCAGUUUCUUGUUCGAGUCGUCCUUUGGCGUCGUUGAUUUGAGUGCCGGCCAUGCGAUUGUUCGUGGGCUUGGAGGAUGGAAGAACAAAGUAACGGUCACAACGCCCGGGGACAUCGGGAAGCUGACGGCAGAAAUUCUAUUCACUGAGCCCCGACUCCGGAACCAGGUGGUGUAUACUGCAGGGGAAACAAUCAGUUACGGAGAACUUGCUGAUUUGGUAGAGAGUGUUACUAGUAGGAAGGUUCAUAGAGAGGAGUGGAGUGUUGAAGCGAUGAAGGCUAGGCUGAAAGAGGAUCCUGAUGAUGUGUUGCAGAAGUACAGGGUUGUAUUUGCGGAGGGGAAAGGAGUAUCCUGGGAUAUGGAGCAGACAUUUAACGCGCAAAAGCAAAUCGAGACAGAGGGUGUAAGAAGCUGGGCACUACAAAAUAUUGUCGAGGUCUAG